UAUAUGAAGUGCCAAAUCACAAUCCACAGUCUUGAUCAUAUACCUACACUAAGAUUAUUGCUACCUUUCUUCAGGGCUUCUAUAUAAUUAUUCCCUUUUCCUCCUUUCCCUUUCCUCAUAAUCUUUUCAACAAUUUGCUUUGCUAUGCUUUUCACACCAAAUUCUUAAGUUGGCUGAGCUUCAUAAUUUCAGGUUUUCCCCAAAUCAAACAGGGAUUUAGGGUUUGGGUGCUGAUAGAAGCUAAAAUUGAUUGAAAAAUGGAGAGUUUGUGUGAGACGUCGGUUGGAUCAGAUUCAAGCUGGUUCUUAGAACAGCAGGGAAUGGCUACAGCAUGGACUAAAGAGGAGAACAAGAAAUUCGAGAGUGCUCUGGCGAUUUUCGACGAAAAAACUCCUUACAGAUGGUUUAAGGUUGCAGCAAUGAUUCCUGGGAAAUCUGUGAAUGAUGUUAUAAAUCAGUACAAGGAAUUGGUUGCAGAUGUUUGUGACAUAGAGGCAGGUUUGGUCCCAAUUCCUGCAUACUUGGCUUCUUCAUUUACGUACGAAUUGGCGGAUCUCCGGAGUUUUGAUGUGUGUAGGAAGAGGCAGGCUCGGGCGACGAUCAACGAUCAAGAGCAUCGCAAGAAAGGCGUGCCCUGGACCGAGGACGAGCAUAGGCGAUUUCUUUUGGGACUUCAAAAGCACGGAAAAGGAGAUUGGAGGAACAUCUCCCGGAACUUCGUGAUAUCUAAAACGCCAACGCAAGUUGCAAGCCAUGCUCAAAAAUAUUAUCUCCGGCAGCUUUCGGGGGCCAAGGACAAACGGAGGCCAAGCAUCCACGACAUCACCACUGUCCAUCUUGCUGCCACUCCACCCUCCUCCGAGCAGCAGAAGCCGGCAAGUAGUGCCCCCAAACCGCCGGUCGAUGGGGGUCGUAUCGACGACAAAAUGUUCAUGGUUUUCGAUCCCGCAGCUUACGGCAGCGACUCGCUCGUCGCGUAUCCGUGCAAUCUUGCCGCGCAAACUUGGCAUAGCGCCAAGAGGGUUGCGCCGAGUCCACAUUUCCGAAUCUAAUAAAUCAAAUUCGCCGAAGGUCUACUACUCGCCGCGCCAGAUCGUUUCGAUCGAAAAAAUCGGCAUCUUUGUAUAUGUUCUUGUUCUUCCCAUAUUUAAGUCCAUCAAACGGUAUGGUAUGAUAAGAUUGUGGUUUUGGCAGAAAGACUUGUGGAAAUUUGUGUAUUUAGCUACUAUACCUUUAGUAGUUUCAACUAUUUUCUUGAAGCUUUCUUUUUCAUGGUGAUUUCUUGACAAGGACUAUGUUAAUUUUUGCUUUUUUGUUUUUUGUUUGUUGGGUUUUU